UGUCAGCGGGAGGGAGCGCUGCAGGUUGAUCGCCGCGGCUGCAGAUGAGCGGAGCCCGCGCACGGGCGGGGGGGCGGCCGGGGCAGCGCCGCCGGGGCCGGGGCGGCGGCCGGCGCACUAUGCGAGGCCGGGAGGAUGGCGGUGGAAGCUAUCCAUUGCAAUCUGAAUCCAAAUGGUAUUGAUCACCCUGUCCCUGCAGAAGGUAUUAAUCUGCAACUUGAAGGUGAAGGAGUUGAGUCAUCCUCUGUUAAGAACACCAGUACUCCAAAAGGGCCUGAGGCAAAAGAGACACCCAAGAGACAACAAGUGGAACCAGAAAUAUCUAAGUCUGGGACUGUGAAGCUGACCAAACCUGUGGCGUUAUGGACCCAGCAGGAUGUCUGCAAAUGGCUGAAGAAACAUUGCCCUAAUCAGUAUCAAAUCUACAGUGAGUCAUUCAAACAGCAUGACAUAACUGGCCGUGCUUUGCUGAGACUUACUGACAAAAAGCUUGAACGAAUGGGCAUUGCCCAGGAAAGCCUGCGACAGCACAUUCUGCAGCAAGUCCUUCAGCUGAAGGUGAGAGAAGAAGUCCGAAACCUCCAGCUGCUUACACAAGCCCCAGCAGAGAGCUCACCAUAAAUACAUCCAGCCUCUAAAGCUGCUGUCCUGCCACUUAAUAUGAAAGUGAACUUUCCUUCAUGAAAAAAACCAUAAUAAAUAGCACUGCCAGAAGGUGACCAUGGAGGAUGGAAGACAAACUUGAAGUCAAGUCAGCCCACUGAAGAUGGGGCAGGGAAGACCUGGUUUGCUGUGGAGUUAAAAUGUGGUGCAUAAUACACAGUGCUAAUUUGUUGAAAAAUGGUCAUUGACAGACCUUUAGCUGGAAAAUUACUUCCAGUUCUCAUCACUGUGCAUAACUUUUGAGUUCCCUUUAGGGGACUGUCUAUGCCCUUCACUAGAAGUCCUGUUUUAGCAUGGCAACUACUGGAUUCUUUUAUUAUGUAUGCAGAUGGCAUGAUGUUUUAGGAAAAACUUACAACUCUCCAAUCUCAGUGGAUAUGUUCACAUAUUACACCCUGAUAGGAAUGUAAAUGUCUUGUAUAUGUUAGUUUUGCAGUCUAAUGGCAUUCUGUUAAACUAUAUCAGCACUUCAUACGUGCUUUCUGCACAGAUCUAGCACAGUCCAUAUAUAUAUAAUUGUCCUUUUUUAAAAUAUUGAGGAUAUGUUUCAGUGUUUAUGCUGAAGCUGCAUCCAAACUGAAGUCAGCUACUCGUGUACCCUCACCCAUUCACAGUAGAUGGUGUAGAUAGAUUUGCACGUGGCAGAGUGUGACUUCUUUUAUUGAGACUUAGACAACAGCUGUCACAGAGGUAGCCAAAAACAGGGUAUGCUGAACAAGCUGAAGGACACUGUGUUUCCUCUCCCUCUUGUCUGCCAAAUAUCAAAGGUUCUCAUUUCCAGUGUGCCAAUCUGUUUUCUUACCCAGGGAGGGAGAAGCAGGGGAGAGAACCUUUCUGAGAGCUGUGUGUGACCCUGAGUUUGGUCUGUGAUAAAACCAGAGAAAACUGGAAAAAUUCAGGUUCUUUAUGCUGGCCACCAUUUAUGUUUUGGGCAGGGCUGGGGAAUCAUAGUCCAAACCAAACUCUCUGAACAAGGUAAAUUGUAAGACUAUACUUGUAAGGAGCAACACACUCCCUUUGGAGAGGGCAGACUUCUUCAUUAACUUUUUCCACUUUCUAUCCAAAACAGUAUUUUGGUAGGAACUGGGAAUAAGCAAAUGGUUCCAAUAAGCCUUUCAAUAUACUGUAGCAGGCUCAAGACUGUUGCAUUCAAUCUGGGCGUUGUUUUUUGUUCAGUCUCUGAAUGGCUGAGCUCAUCUCUGGCUGUAUCACAGCUGGCUGUGGUACUCUUUCUUCCACGAGGACUCAGUGGAAUUAGUGUCUGUCCCUCACGUCAGGACCUUCUUGACACACUCUUUAUAAUGAACUGAUGCCAUCAACAUACUGAGGGGACUUACCUAUAGCUUUCUGUGUGUUUGAAGACCAUCAGUCUCUCCAGUCUGAUAGAGAGGAACUACGGAGUUGCCAUUAGCAUAAAUGCCAAACUGUGGGUGAGACACCAUUCUGGUGUGAAGAUUCUGCAGUGAUGGAGAGAAGGGGAAGCUACAUCAAGGCAAAAGGACCUUUUUAGAGGAAGCUCCUGUGUUAGCCUUCUUAAAAACUAUUGUAAAGUUCAUUGCUAGAGAAUGGAAGGUCAACCACUGAGGGUGCCCAUACAACCAACAGAUGAGUACUGUGAGGGUGUAGCAGUUUUUUCAGAUGGGUAGAGGCUUAGAUUCCAGCUCUUCACCCAUCUCAGAUUCAGCAUGUUGAAUACUUCUGUAGUGUUAAGUCCAAAAGCAAAUUGUUUUUAUUGACAACUAAGAUUUUCAGAGGUCACUAGUGAUUUCUAAUGGUUUGGGUCUUCCCAGGGGUUUUCAAAUGGAACUUUCAAGAAUUACAAAAUAAGCAUCUGUGUUCUCUUUCUGAAAAUCCUGGUCCCUAAUAUGAAAUUAAUUGGUGUAAAAAUUCUCCUUAAGACAUAAGAAUCUUUGCCAAUAGCAACAUUUGCACUUUUUAGAGCUUUUCAUAGGGUUGCAGGUUGGAAUCUGGUACCAAGAGACCCGACUGUGCACAUGGCACGGGUCCACUAUAAGCUUCAGCAAAUUUUACAGCUCUUUCUGCUACAGGUUUUAAAAAUACACUCAGGCAACUGACAUCCAUUUCAUGUUGGUACAGCAAUUAAAAAAACACCACUUUUAAGUUAUUUUUAAAAGGAGAAUGCUAUUAUUCUGAAGAAGGAAUUUUCUUAUUUUACUACCCAGUGCAAAAGUCUAGAAUAAUUUGAAUGAUAAAAGAAGAGUUUAUCAGAGACUGUUAUCUUAAAAGGGCGUACGAGAAGAAGUUGAGUUGGGCAGAGAGCCACUAGAAGCAUUUUUUGUCUCAAUGUUAGUUUUGAACAUCUUCCAGUGUAUGGGCAUGAAUUUAGAUGUGUGCACUUCUCUUGUUAAAACAAUUUGUUUUAAAAGCUUCCCUGGAUUUUAGCUACAGUGACCUAGAAAAGCAGUGUUACAGGCCCUGAGAAAUGUGAAAAACCAAGUCCAGACCCUUGUGUAGCCAGACUCAGUGAGAAGUCUGCUGUAGGUGCCUAUCAGACAAAUCUCCUUUGAAGCUGGUGUAGGUCUCCAUCCUACAGCCAGACUGUGCAUGUGGAUCACUCCAAGCAUAGUUCCCCAGAACCCCGUGACACUUCUCAUGUGUGUAACUGUCUGCAGGAGCCAUAAGGAAAUAACUGUGCUUUUUGGCUCGUAUUUAACUAUUCAUCGUGUUUGGGUUUUUUUAUUCACUGUUAUUCUCCCAAAGUGGGCCAUGCUUCCUCAGGGAUAUUUAUGAAAUUGUUCUACAUCUACCGAACAACUAUCUGGAUCCCAGCAUAUUCUUCUGAAAACUUUUUAAUAUAAAUAAACAUUUGGGAGAGAUUUUUGUUAUCAUGAAUGGGGGCAGGUACUGUGUUCUCGGAAAGGCUAUUGAGUGCAGACAAUCAAGUCUAGUUCAUUUUUUAUGCUGAACACCUUACUAAUAGCAGACAUAUCCGCUUUUGCCUGGGUCACAGGAACAGUUCAGGGGAAAGAAUGCUUUAUCUCUAGUCAAUAAAUCAUUUAUGUUGAGAGUGCCAAAGACCAAGUCAACAUGAAAGGGAGCAAAUAAGUUAUUCCAGCAAAGGAAGUGAAUUUAAAUACUCUCAGAGCCAUUAGUUCAGUGCAAAAGAGUCGGAGACUGAUGCUGUUUUCAUAAAACAACAAUUAUCAGCCCUGUGGAGAUAAAGUUGCAAAGGCCAGUGCUGCUGUUCCACUGAUCACAGGUUAUUAUCUGAAAAAAACCAGAACUGUGGUCAGGAUGCAGUUCUCUCUGUGCAGACCUGCAGCCUUCCUCCCCUGCCUGGUGCCUCUCCCCACCGCCACACCCACCUGGGUUCAUUUUGUGGAGAGGAAGGUUGCAGCAUCAGGCCUGAUGAAGAAGUGCUAAGAAAUGUCAGCAGAGACUCUGUUAUCUCAAGUGUUUCAAACCAUCACAGGUCCUGCAAUAGAAACCUGAAGGAAUGGCUCGCCCCAGAAAACACACUGCAGCUGAAAGCAUUCUCUGUGCUGUUUUGUUCCUUGCUUUUUUUUUCAUGUCGUGGGUUUCUGUGUCUGACUACCCAUGAUUUAUUCUGUUAGUAGAAUUGCAGCCUUCCAGGAGGGGAGUUUGAAAAAGCACCACGAGCUCUUUAGUUCUGCCCAUCCAGCUGCAUGGCAAUGCUCUACCAAGGGGCUCAUCCCUCCCUGUCUGUUCCUUUAGAGUAGGUGUUGUCACUUGACAGCAGCUGCAGCAUCACUGAGGAAAUCAAACUAUUAAAAAUUACAAAACUCUGGGUUUGUUUUUUCCUAAAUUUUCAGGACACCCCAGGCCAGACUCCCAGCAGACCUACACUGGCUCUACUCCAUCAAAGUCUCCUGAGAUGUGUUGAUUAAUGCCAGCCAUGGUGCCAGGCCUGGGGUGCUUUUUUGUUAUUGCUAAAACUAACCUCCCUCCAUCCACCAGAAAGCCACAAGAUCUCAAUUAUUCAAAAUUAUCUCAGGCAGGUAAAGUAAAAUCCUGCAUCUUUCACAUCAGUCCCCUUUUAGCAAUUAACAUCUCUGCCAUCAGAGUCUCCUUGAACAGCCUGCUGCAGGACUGUGCUGCAAUUGACCCUGGUAUAUAUAGAUUGUGGUCAAUAAGAUUUUAAUUUAAAAAGAAAAGCUCCUCUGCUAUGAUUAAAAUUGAUGGGCAGAGGAGGAAAGUACUCCCAGUAUUAUCUGCAACCUCCUAUAGUAAAAUUCGGGAGAAUUACCAGGAGUGCAGAAAAACCUCACCAACAUAGCAUAUGGGUGAUUGGGCAAGCUUAUGAGAAUAAAUCAGCAAAUAAGAAAAGUAGGUGUUGGAUGAGGGAAGCUAAAAAAAUAUAUGGGAAGUCAGUGGCCAGUAGGUUAGGGCUCGUUAGAGCAAAAGCUUAACAUAUAUCUUAAUAAAUACCUUUGUAGCAAAGCAAAGUGAUGUUAGACAGGCACAGCAUGGUGAUUACUCACACUAAAUGCAAAAACCAAAUACUCUUGUUUGGUAUUUAAAAGCAGUAGAAGGAGGGAGGCAGAUUGCACGUUAAAAAGUAAUUCCUCCUACUCCAUCAGUAAUUAUGUGUAAUAUUAAGCACCAACUCUCCAAACAUACUUUUGAGUCAGUAGAACCAUUAACUGAAUCCAAAAGUGAAGGAAAACUUGCCUAGGACUCCUCAAAACUGGAAAGCAUAAAAGAAGCAAACCCCAAUAAGUCAAAAGGAUGGGUGAUUUGACCCUGGAAACUAUAGGCACAUUAGCUUCUUAUCAGUCUUAGGCACAACGAUUAUAGCAAUUAAAAAUUCAUAAAACCAUCCAAAUGUCUUUUAUAGAAAUGUAUCAUGGCAAAUAAAUUCACUAUCAUUUUUUGUGAUAUCAAAGGCUUGUUGAUAAAAGAAACUCUGCUGGCAUAUAUACUAAACCUCCUGUAGAUCCUUUCAUUCUGAUAAAGAACAGAAUGGCACAAUGCAAAAUCGGUACUGCCUAUAUGAAGUGGAUUAAAACUGAUUGCAAGGUAGAUCAUAAAAAAUAAAAAAAUUGUCAUCAGUGAGAGUAUUUCUAAUUAGCUCCUCCCAAGGUAUGUUCUGUUUUCAAUGUUCCUCCCAGGGAAAGAGAAAAUUAUUGUUGGCAACAGCCAGUGGCAACAAAAACAGGGGCACAGUAAAUAAUGAUAUGGAGCAGGUCAGUGGUAGAGAGUAACCUGGAGGGCAGCAAGGUUGGAAAUCCAGGAGAAAUGGCAGCAAGUCCCACUUAGAGGCAUGGGGAGUGUGUCUGGCACAAUAUAUUGGUUAUAAAGUGUGAUAAAUAAUCUGUUCAACAUCAGCCCCAGAGAGACUCCUGCCAGCAGGGCUGUGGGACCUGGCAGUAGUGAUGAUGUUCCAGUUUGCUGGGUUACUGCCUGCCUUUCAGAAAGGGUAUUGACAACUAGGAAAUAUUAUUAUCAAUAGCUCCCAGUGUCAUUCAAGGGCAGGAAAACAGGUCUUAUUAUAGUGCCAGACUAAUGAAGCUCAAGCUAUUAAUUUAUCAGAGGUAAUUUGAAGAGGUGACUCGAUCUCCAGCUGCAAUCACAAUCUUCUACCUGGGCAGGCAUGUCCUGGCUGAGGACAGGUAACUCUGUUAUUUAGAAGGAAAGGGAAUUAUGUGCUCUACUGGUUGGAUACUGAUUUCAGGCUAGAAAUUAGGUGCAAAUGCUUGACAGGGAGGAUAAUAACCCAUGGAGACAACUUACUUAGUUACCUGGCAUGUUCCCCAUCACAUAAAGUCUUUAAACGUAGGCAGAGUAUUUUUCUAAGUCAAUAAGCUCUACCUCAAACUAAAAUCCAGGCUUGGCGCAGCCUUUACUGGAUGAGGUUACUAGGUGUGUGUUAUGCAAGUAUUAGACUAGAUCAUCAGAUGUCAACUUCUAAAUUAAAAAUAUCUUAAACUUUCCAAUAUUACAGGAAGGCAGGGCAGCCUUUAUCCAUUUUUUUCCACAGAAAAUGUUCUUAAUUUAAACAGCUCAUAUGGGAAGAGCUGUGCUUUCCAGCAUUUGUUCUGAGCAUCAGUAGAUCUGCUUGCACUUGUGAAGUCCUUCUGCAUGUAAUUAAAGGAAGAAAAUCAGACAAGGGACAACACAAACCCUUGGACGCAGAGAGAAGGACUGCUGCCUUUCAUUAAUAACAGCCUGAGACAAAAUGUUGCACUCAAAUGGCUGGGGCCAAGUGGAAGUGUGGUCUGAGCAAGGAAGAACAACUGUGGACUUGCCUCUUAAUUAAGGAGGUAGCAUCUUGCUGGCAAGAAACAGAUUUUUUCCUGCCUUCAACAACCGGCAGAGAAGCUGUGUUGCAGACUGAGAAUUACACUGUGUCACUGUGCAGCUGAACAGGGUACACCAGUUCCUUGCUCUAAAGACAGCAAACUCUGCUGCUGUCCUGACCAGCCCCGUCAGAGCCAGCUAAGGAGACCCUAGAAGUGAAAUUUAUUUCAGUGGGACUGCCCAGAGAAAUGAGAGCUGCUCCUGGGGGUGGGUUUUGGGGCUCUAAUGUCUGGUUUGAAUGUUGUACCUAAAGAAUAAGCAAAGGGGAGCUCGGUGUCUGGUUGGGGUUUCUCAGGGGGGCUGUGACCUGGUGUGAGGCAAGUGCAGACCCUCAGAACCCCCUUCUAGAAGCUCUGUGUGGCAGUGGGGAACAGCAGGAUCUGGGAUGUACAGGUUUAAAGAGUAAGCAGUCCACGUAGCCCAGAGAAACCAUAAAAGCAAUACUUACAGCAAAUUGAUAUUGAAUUGACAUCAAGAAGCUGAAACAAGAAGGGAGCCAACUACAGCCAUAGCUAAGAAGAUAAAGGUCUUUGGGGAUUCUUUCUCUAAUCCAGUGUGAAAUCCUAAGAAAAUUAGUUUGGUCUAGAUUUAUUGUUUAAAGAACAUUGGUACAAGCUGGCUGCCUGUCAAAUAAAUAUUGUGAAGUCACUGGCUUUGGUGCAUGGUGGCUUCUGAGUGUCCUCAGGCUGCUGAGACACCUUGCAGCUCUGGGGGACAGCAUCCCUAGCAGGCAGACCUGGGGCCAGGCUGGACAGAGAAGAAGCUGAUCUUGCAGAUGACUGUAUAAUAUCUGCUUUUGCCAUAAAUGUAGGAUUGCCAGCAGUAUUGUAACACAGUCUGAGGAUGAGACAAAAAGCUCCUUUCUGAUUUUAAUUCCAAAUAUGUGUAAAAACGUUCUCAGAAAAAAAAAAACAAAAACAAAAACCAGAAAAAACCCACAACAUCCAGUGUAGCCGCUUUUACAUCUCUAACCAUGUUACUUCUAUUAAGUGCUUGCCUUGGAUUCAUCUAUUUAAUAUCAUAAGUCACCAAAUUAAAUAGCAACACACAGGGUUAUUUUAAAGCAGGGAGAUCAAUAUUGCAGCAAAACUGCAUAUAAGCAAUAAGAAGCUGUGCAGGAGAGAAAAAAUAAACCAACACAAUCUGCCCCAUCAGAUGCUUAGGGGACUUGGUUGGUUGGUUGGUUGGUUGGUUGGUGGUGUUUAUUGAGAGCCUGCUUUUGCAUCCUGACAAAACUUUUCCCUACUGAGCCAGGGUCUGGUCCUCAGACUAGUCCAAAUGAAGAUGUGUUUGGAGUCCUCUUGCUACUUCAUCUGUCUCACUUGUACACAAGAGGCUCCUUCUCUGCUUUCCUUUUGAGAAAGGUAGAAAAUAAAUUAAGUGGCAGUAGAGAAGGCACAGAGAGUCACAAGGUUACAGCCUAUGCAAAGCAUGUCUGAGACCCAGAGCUCAUCCUCCUCACCCCAACGCCACUGACCAAGGGGCUGUACUGAGCUGACCCAGAACCAAAGCCCGGAUCCUGUACCCAGCGCAGGGGAAACGUUACCUUGCAGGAUCAGUCCCUGUGUUUCAGGGCAUCAGCUGGGUUGCUGCUACCUGCUGGCUUCCCUGGAAUACAGGUGACCUGCAGGAGCAAUGCUCUGGUCAUGGGAAUGAUCAAUGCUUCCCCAGAGGCUGCUGGCUCAGGAGAGGGCUCCUUUGCUCUGCACGAUGCUGCUGGGCUACCGGGCCAGAGUAAAAGGCACAUUUUUAUCUUUCUCACAGUUCCUGCAACUCUGGAAGUGUCAGGGACAUGCUUCGGGGUGUGCUGGGCUUUGCUUUCAGUUUCUCUUAGGGACUACAUGGAUCUGCCUCACAACUCCUAUUUCUUUUUCCCAGGAGGGGGUAAGCUGGAAGUCACACCUUGCUGGCUCUGCACUGCCUAAACCUGCAAAGGGGCCUCCAGAUUUGGGCUUCUUUAUUUUGAGGAUCUAAAUUUAAGGUUGAUUGAACCUGAAUUUGAGGCAAACAGGUAACUGUCAGCUGGAUUGACACCAGCACCUGAGGUGUCUCCAAAGGUUGCCCCUAAAUUUGUGGCCCAUGUACAGAACCAGAUCCAGGCUGCUUGGGCACGUUGGCUCUGGCUGAGCUGGACAGGAGCUGCAGGGAGCAAGAGGGAGGUGGGGAUGAAGGCCCUGGGAAGUCCAGUGGCUUUCUGCAGGAGAGCUGGAUGCAGGCCCAUGGCCACAUUGUGUGACCAAAAUGGUCUCCUGAAGCCAGCAAGUUGUGUCUGGUCCAGCUGCCUUUGGAGUCACUUCUGCUUUACAUUCACUAAGGAAGCAAGUCAGUGAUCUUUUGAUGUUAACUUGGUGGAAAAGCUAGGAAAAUACCAGCACUCUACUAGUUAAAAAGCAAGACACUGUUAUUCCCAGUAAGUCUGUGGCUGAAUUUUUUAAAGGAGCCAAAUGAGGUGGCAUAAGACAAAAGUGUGCCUUUUUGUUUGAUGUACACUGCAUUUCCCCAGGCAUCCAAGGUGUUCAUCUGUACAGCAGUGCUUUUUUCCCCAAACAAAAAUUAUAAUGCAAUCUAAUUUUUAGUAUACAAAGUGGCCAUCACUGUUAAUUCCACCUUACAGUUUUUAUAUUUACUCUUUAAUUCCUUCUGUUUUCAAAAAUCAACAAAAAAAUAAUACCCAGGUGGGAGGGAGGAAUUCUUUUAAACAAUUAAAUUAAAAUCAAUAUCAAAUUUUUGGUAUCUUUGGGCAUGAUCUCUGGAAGCUUUGGAUAUCUGCUUUAUCAUUUUGUAUAUUUGACAAUUUUGUACUCUGCAUUGUUUGAUUUCAUUUGUGCAUGGCGAUGUAUUAAAACAUGGAAUUUUUAUUAUACAGCAAAA